GGAUGUGUUUCUUCACGAGCACUAUUGACUGUGACAUACAAAACAAGAAAAGUUUGCUGAUGAAAUUCACUUUCUCCUGACUGUGGAGAUGUCAGAGCUGAGUGACGAGGCCAGCGAGUCGGAGCAGCUGGGCUGCAGCCUCUCCCUGUGGCUGGGGGACUCCCUGCUGCGGCCCGAGGAGCUGGACGUCCCCCUGGACCUCCACACCGCCUGCUCCAUCGGACAGUACGACGUGGUGGCUGACUGCAUUAAAAAGCGUGAGGUGAACCUGGACGGGAAAAACAUUGGAGGGUGGACCCCGCUCAUGUAUGCAGCUUACAUCGGCCACGACAACAUUGCAAAUCUCCUGCUGGAAGCUGGUGUGAACGUCAACUCUGCCACUGCAAAAGGACUCACUCCCUUGAUGCUGGCCGCCAGCUGUGGGAAUGAGAGCAUUGCUUACUUUUUGAUUCAGCAAGGGGCUGAGUUGGAGUUGAAGGACUCUCGAGGCUGGACUGCUCUGUUCCACAGUACGAGUACAGGCCACCAACAGAUGGUCAAGUUCCUGCUGGAUAGCAAUGCCGAUGGCAAUGUCAAGGAGCCAGGGUCCGGUUUCACUCCUCUGAUGGAAGCUGCUGCGUCUGGGCAUGAAGUCAUCGUUCAGUACCUGCUUGAACAUAAAGUUAAAGUUGAGGACCGCAACGCUAAAGGGGAGACUGCCCGCACCCUUGCUGUGAUGUAUGGUUACAAUAAGAUUGUCAGCCAAAUUGACUCACGUUCUCCAAGAAUGAAACCAGGACACUUUGAAGAUCCGAGCUCCUCAGAGGAUUCAGACAGCGCACCACCAAGGAUUCGACCGAGUCGAAACCGUGCAAAAGGCGUCAGCAUCCAUGAUGGGCCACAAGCCAUUGCUAAGUUUCGAGUAGGAGCAGAACCUCCAGCUGUGCUGCCAGGAUGCGGGUUUCGGGAUAUUGGCAACCAGAGUGAGGGUAUCUGCUACCGUGACGUGACUUCACCAAUCAAUGAGCUGGAUGGCCAGAGCCACAGCAGCAGAGAUGACAGUCCGUUCUUUGAGAAUGACAUGCCUACCAUGAGGAGCAGCAGUAGCAGCAGCGAGGGCCUGCCCCAUGUGGUUGCACUAAACUGGGAAGGCUCUGUGGAAAGUAAUGAGGAUUCUGACCAGUGCAAAAGGACCAGCUCUCGCAGGGUAUACAAGGGUCAUCAUUCAAAAGGCAAGAGUCGCCUUGCAAACAGCGAUGUUGGUCACUCUAGUGUGACAGGGAACUGUGGCAAACUCACACAUGUUGGUUCUUCACCUUCCUACUCCGGUCCAAAGGAUCUGGCAGAGUUUUUAGAGCAAAUUGGCUUUUCUAAGUACCUCCCAUUACUUGAAGAACAGGAUAUUGACCUGAGGAUAUUUCUCACCCUGACAGAAAAUGAUCUGAAAGAAAUAGGGAUCACACUAUUUGGACCCAAACGGAAGAUGACUUCUGCCAUUGCGAGGUGGCACAGCAACGCUCGACCACCCAGCGAUGCUCUGGAACAAGCUUAUGCUGACCAGCUUGAGGCUGAGAUGCAAGAGAUGGCCAUUCAGCUACACAAGCGCUGUGAAGAAGCGGAGAGUCUGCAGAGCCAGGUUUCUCAGGAGAAGGAGUUGCGUACAGUGAUGGAGGGAUGUCUAAUGGAGGACAAAAUGGCAUGGAAGAGGGUUCAGGGAGAGCUGGUGGAGAACCACCGGCUGGCCCAGGACAUUAGCACCAAACUGGAGAAGGCGAGGGCCCAUCGCGCUGAACUGUUCUCUCGCCUCACUACAGAUGGUAAUAGCAGUUCUUACACUGGUCUGGAAGAUAAGGCCAGAAGUGACACUGGUGGUAAAGCUGGGGAAGAGCUGACAUGUUCCAGUGUGGUAGAGUUGACGAGGAAGCUGGAUUCCCAUGAAGAGGAACUAGCCGGGGCUCUGCAAACCUUACUUCAGAGUCUACGGCGACUGAGUGCCCCUGAAAAAGUCUCAGACAGUUGGGAACGGCCUUAAUCCUUUUAAGGGGCUCCUGCCAAUAUUUGACGGAGGGUGAUUUAACCGCCCUGAACAAUCUCAGUGAAGUGGGAGAAGGCCAAAGACGAGGGCCAGCCCUGCCGGGGCAAAGAGGCGCAAAGAGCAGACCAGACAUGCUGCUCAUCUGUGCUUGGCUGUUGGACCAGAGCUCGCCAGAUGAGGACAAGUGCAAUGCAGCUGCUGACGAAAAAAAAGACAAGCAGGCAGGAAGGGUACUUGACCUUCACACUUGUGCUUGUGUAUGCUGAACUUCUUUAGUUGAGUUAUGCAAAUGCACAGAGAAGAGGAGGGACUGGUUUGAGGAUCAGAGGCUGUGAAACUGUAAUGUGCUACUAUAAAGCUGUAACUCCUCCAGUCUGAAAUGUAGCUUAAGGUAUGUUCAUGCCAUCAGAUGGAGAGGUAAAUCAGUCUAAUUUAAAGGCAGUAAACUUGACAUGAAUUCUUUUGUGUUUGGAAAUCCUGUCUCGCUGAUUACAGGACAAAAUAAUUGCAUGAGAAAUCAUUCGCUUUUGGUAAUUUCUAAAUGUCUUCUCAAAACACAAAUACUUGCUAGUCAAGUUUAUGAUUUCUCUGUUAUUUAUAUAUGUAGUUUGUGAAUUUUAACCGGAAGUCCUUCCAAAUGGCUUAAAUACCAAAGUGCCCAUUUAUAUUUGGAUAAUAUUAUCUCAGAAAACAAAUGUAUUGUCUUUUUUUUUUCCCUCAAUCGACUGUUUUUAACUGACAGAGGUAAAACAAAACAAACUGAUUCUUGUUUUUAUUUGAAUGUAUUUUAAGAUAUAAACUGAUGAUAAAACAUCACAUCUAUGAGAUGCUUUCUGUAGUGAGUUAAGGAAUCCAUUUCAAAGUUUAGAACCCAGAGAAAGAUGAAAUUGCAAAUAUGAUUAAAACUGUUAAUGAAAACUCUUCUUGUUUAUUUGUGCUACAGAGACAGUUAAUUUAAGCAAUAAAGAGAAAUAUUAAAACA